AUGUCUGAAACAGUAGUUUCGGCUACAAUAAACUCUCUUGGGUACUUGGAACACGGUGUAUAUCAACCAGAACCUGAUUGUCUUGGUAAGUUAAAGUUGAUUUUGCUUUUUUUUACUAAAAAGUAUUAUUUCAACGGACAUAUACUUUAAUUUUAGCGGGUAUUCACGAUCUGAUUAGGUUUUUGCAUGGAGAUACGGAAGAACAUUCGGCUCGAAGACAAUGUUUAGCUCAAAAUUUGUUGAAGAACGACUUGGUGCCGUUGAUGGCUAGUUCGGACAUUAAUGACGAAGACUUUUCAUUAGUUUUGAGGUUAGUUUAUCUUGUUUUAUAUUGUUUUAGAUGGGCGUCGAACAUGGAACAAUGUUAACUUGUUAUUUACAAUUUUGUUACUGUUUUCUAUUGUUUUACUUUUUAGAUCAAUUUUAGGAGUUUUCAUUUAUUUUUGGACUUUUAGAUUAGCCUUGAAUCUGGUUCAACCAGCAUUAGCUGUGUUUCAGUUCCGAUUACCGGAAACUGAUGAAGACAAGUUGACAUACAGCACGCUAGAUGAACUACUUGUUGCUAAUAUUAAUGCUUUUUGUUUUAGAAAGUUGUUUGAGAAGUUUAACAAUAAGAUCAAGGCUUAUUAUAAUGUGGUAAGUGAUGAAUUAAUAUCAUAAUUUAUUUGUUUAUGUGUGGAAAUAUAACAUUUGGUUUUGGGUACAAAAGUUUGCUUAAGUAUUUUUAUGUUGUUUUUAUAAACGAAUUCUUUAUAUGUUUUAGGAUGCAUUGGAACGUCGAGAAACGGACAAAAUUGUUGUUGAUAGAAUAAUAAUGUUGAUCAGGUGUGUUUUUUCGAUUGGCAUGGAAGGACCAAAAUGUACUGAGGUAGUUUUUAAAUUUUUGUUUUAAUUUGUUUAGGUAGAAGUUUUUAAGAUUUUCAUAACUUUUUACCCGUCUAUGAUUAAAAAUCUUCAGAUAUCAUUUGUGAAUGUCAAGUCUAAGAGGAACAUGGUUGAUGCUUUUUUAAGCUCAGGAAUUGGUGAGACACUGUUUACUGUGACUCGAAACAAAAUGGAAAGGGAGCUUCUGGUUCACAUUCUGGCUAUCAUUUCAUUGUUGUUCCGUAGUUUCGUAAGUAUGCAUUGUGACUAAUAUCUUGUGUUUGUAGCCGUGUGAGAGCAUUGCUGUGAUUGAGGAAGAUGAGAGUACUCGGUUAGAAAAAGAUGAGGAAUUGAAGGCUAAGAUUGAUCUUCAGGUCAAUAGAUUGGCUUUGAAAAGGUAAUUUAAGGUUGUUUGGAGUUUUUGUUUAAAGCUGAUAUAAUGUUAAAUCAUUUGUUAAUUUCUAUACAUUUUUUGCUUUGUUUUUCGAUUUUAAAGAUGUAUAUGAUGAUUCAAAUUCUUUAGACGACAUUCGCAUAUUAGGCAAUUGGGAAGCAACUAUGUGGUUAAAAACGCUGCUUUGAACAAAAAUAAUGAUUUAUUGGUUCAGAAGUAAGUGCUUGAUGAAAAUUGUUGUCUAUUAUAUGUGAUUUUGCAAUUUUUAAUUUGUAAUUAAAAAAUAAUUUUGAAAAAUAUUUUUUUAAAAUUUAUUUUGCUUUCAGACCUUUAGCUGGGGACCCAUUGGAGCUUAUAAAACGUCGAAAACAUUCGAAAGGGGCACCAAAAAGACAAUGUGUUAGAAACUUGGUAGAGUCUGUAUUCAAAGAAAACAGAAUUGUCGAAAGAGGAUUAGCUCAGAAGGUCAGAGACUUUUGUGUCAGUAUGAUUAAUACUGUAUUUGAUAAGUUGAUGGCUUCGACAAGAGAUUCAGUAAGUUUUACAGAAUUCAGUACGUAUUAGAGUUUAUACUUUAGAUUGAUGUUUUGACUACGGUAAACUGAUGAUCUUAUAUUGAAAAACUGUUAAAAGUGUUGUACAAUGAAUCAUCACACUUUAUGAUGUUUUACAUGAUUAAUUUUAGGCGUUCUCUAGUAACAGACAAGGGUUAAUGAUCUACAAUGAUGUCAAUUACUUUUCACUUGCUUCCUUUGUAAUCGAAUUUAUUCGACUGUCUCGUUUACCAUUAGAAAAGGUUUGUUUUUAAUUUGAAAGUCAGACAAAAUGCUCUUUAUAAUAUAUUUUAGGUAAAGAAGUUUUAUAUCUUUAAAUAUUAUUUAAAAAUUUAAGUCUGAUAUAAAUAUAAACUUAAGGUUAUGGUUAAGACAAUUUGCUAUAGUAUACGUCUUAUUUUAUUUUUAGGUAUCAUUCGUUUUGUCUAAAAACUUCUUCAAUCACAUCAUAUCGCAAUCGGACAAUUAUUUGGACAGCUUUAAAACGGACAAAGCGAAUGCGAAGUUAUUGACGUUGAGGCUGCAAUAUUCAGUAGGAACGUUCAAGGAAGUAUGUCAUAUGUAAGUUGUGUAUCCUAUUUUUAUUGUUCACCUUUUAGGUUGUAUACGAUAUCAAAGUCUACAGACGAAAAGGAAAAAGCAUCGUACGAUGAAGUUUGUAAUUAUGUGUAUGAUCAAGAAGAAUAUCGAGAGUUUUGCUAUCACUGUUUGGCGGCUUUACAUGUAGGUUUGCAUAUUUAAGCGUUUUUCUUGUGUUAAAAUAUAAUUUUUUUAAUGGUAAAGUAUUUUAAGCACGUCAAAGGACAAGGGAAAAACUAUAUAAAGGAAGUGGCUUUCAUAUUUUUUUAGGUUUUAUAGGUAGUGAUUACAUGUCAUUUAUAGGCUCAAACCAUGACAACCAAGUUGUUGACUGACAUGGUACUGGGAACCCACUUCUUCUUGGCUGUCAUGGAGAAACGUUACAAACAAGGUCAUUUGGAUACGGUGGAAAAGAAGAAAAAGAAACGAAAACCAAAGAAGGCAAAGAAAAAGAAGAAGAAAGAAGAGGAAAAAAGUUUGAAUAUGUUCAGCUACCAGAAGAAGAAUUAAGGGAAAUAUGGGAUGGAUUCAAAGAUGAGUUACUGGAAUGUGUUAAAGGGGAGAUUGAGCCAACAGAGGGACUGAUUCCAAUUGAUACUGCGCUUAAAGUGGACGAUGAAACUCAUCAGUAAGACAAUUUCUUAAAUGGAGAACGAAGUUUUCGUUUAAGCAAUGAAAUUUCAAUUGUUCUUAUUACCUAUUUUUGUUAAAUUAGCUCAGAAAUCUUGGGUAACAAAUAUUAAAGGCCGUUUUCGAUGUUUUAAAUCAAUCUUUAUAGGAUUUUUGCGUUGUGCCAAGUCCAAGAAGCUCUGCGAGAUCGACGUCUUCUAGAUGCUGUUGGUCUUUUCAAUGCAUCUCGAGAUCUAUGGCCCGACAGUGCCUUUGGUAGCAUUUCAUCCACCCCAGAAGAGCUAAUGGAAAUGGUCAACGAAAUAUUUACAGUCGAUUUGCGAGACGAAGCUAAAAAGUAUUACGACGAGAGAGCAAAAAUCUACGACGAUAAGCAGGAGGAAGAAAACGUCGGACCUUCGGUGAGCGACGACGAAGAAGAAAAGGAAAAGGGCGUAGAUAAUGAUUCAGAAGAAUUCGAAUUCGCCCAAAUUGUUUUUCAAUUUAACGACUAUGUGGCCAACUUUGCAAAACGCGAUAUAAUACAAUGGUAAGGCGGGAGGUGGCUUUUUUAUUGUUAACAUGGUUUAUGGUGUUUAAAUAAGGUUAAUAAGGUCGAAAAAGUGUUUUAAAAAAAUGGGGUAUGUAAACUUAUUUAAAAUUGUAAAAUACUUUAUCUAGAGGGUCAAAAAGUAAGUAGAAAACUGAAUGUGGUUAUAGUUUGGUCAAAAAAGAACCAUAAAAGCUUUUUGGGGUAAAUUAACCUUGUUACUAUUGAUAAAUCUUGUUUUUGCGGCUGUUUUAUGCAGUUUUUUGUAAGUUUUAUGUUUUAGGUACAUUUUCCUAUUACGAAGGUAUGAAACGAAUUCAGACGAAUUAAACAAAGCAUGUCUGAAGAUGCUGCAUAGGAUAUCUUUUGAUUUGGACAGUCAUGCUCGUCUAUACAUGGUAUGUUAUUAUAUUUUUUUGAGGUUUUUAAUUUUUAGGACAACCUUUUAGUUUAUUGCGAUAGAAAGGUUGAAAAUGCAUUUUAUAGUUUAUAAAAGUUUACUGCUUUUUCGAAUAUAAAAAAAUUAAAAUUAUUUUGAUGGGGAACGUAUUUUAUCCUAUUUUUUAACAAUUUUUAAUUAUUCAGGCAUCCCUAUUCAACAUCUUUCUCGACGUUUACCACGAAUUCAAAACCACCCCCAAAGAACAGUGGAAAACGCACAGGCAUUUUGAAAUUUACCAGUUCGGCUACUUUCUGAUCAAACACUUCUUCAAACACUGGGAGAUGAAGGGCGAACGCCUGAUUGCGGAGCUGUUGUUUUUUAAGAAUGCGCAGGAAUGCUUUGACAUACAAAAUUCGGACUGA